AUGGUUUCUGUUCCAGCUUAUGUGAAUGCAAAAGUCACUGGAUGUCAGCUGAGAAGUUUAAGCAUUGAUGGGUUCACCAGAAAAGGAGAUAUUAAUAUCGGAGGGAUUUUUUCAGUUCACUUUGGAGAGCCUGUCACUCAGAUUCCUUUUACUGAGCUACCUGAUGCAGUACUGUAUAAAGAGUUUUAUUUUAGGGUAUAUGAAAGACUUCUGGCUAUGGUAUUUACGAUAGAAAACAUCCAGAAUGACCUGGAACUACUACCAAAUGUUACACUUGGCUGUGUGAUUUAUGAUUCCUAUUCAACUACCGUUGGAGCUGUUGAUGGUACACUGAGAUUACUUACAGGUCAUGGAAAGGUUAUCCCAAAUUAUCGCUGCCAAACGAUGUCAUCUGCAGUAGCUGUAAUUGGUGAUGCACUCUCUGUAACUUCAAUUCCAAUAGCUAGGCUACUGGGACUCUAUAGAUUUCCCCAGAUAAGUCAUGAAGCAACUGUUAUGACUUUAAGUGAUAAAAAUCAGUUCCCAUCUUUUCUCAGAACAGUUCCAAUGGAUCUCUUCCAGUCUAUUUGUAUAGCCCACUUAGUUCUAUAUUUUGGUUGGACAUGGGUCGGACUUCUGUCUGACAGCAGUGACUAUGGCCUACAAGGCAGCCUUCAAGUAAAAGAAGAACUUCUCAAAGGAGGAGCUUGCAUUGCUUUUUUUGAAACAAUACCUGCAGUGUACUCUGAAAAGAAGACUCAUCUUAUAAGUGAAACAAUUAAGAAAUCUUCUGCUAAUGUGAUAGUGAUCUUUGCCAAUGAUUUUGACCUCUACUCUUUCAUGGAGGUGACUGUACAGAACAAUGUGAUGGGAAAAGUCUGGGUAGCCAGUGAUGGCUGGUCUGAGCCUUAUCUGUUUUCUAAAAAUGAGUUUUUGAGAACAUUACAAGGAACGCUUGGCAUUCUGGUUAGAAGAGGAGAUGUUCUGGGAUUCAAGGAAUACAUUUAUAAUCUUAAUCCCUAUAAGAAUCCAGAUGAUAUAUUUCUGAAAAACUUUUGGGAACUUGUUUUUAACUGUAAGUUGCAGAUCCCAGAUAAAUCAAAUAAGACCUUGACCAAAGAAUUAAAUUUCUGUGUAGGAAAUGAAACACUACAGGGCAUGAAGCUGGAUUUUUUUGAACUCACUGAAUUAAGAAAUACAUAUAAUGUCUAUAAUGCCAUAUAUGCUUUUGCGCAUGCAUUACAUGACAUGAUUUCAUGCAGACAUGGAGAAGGGCCAUUUGAUAAUGGCUCAUGUGCAUUAAAACAUGAUUUCCAGCCAUGGCAGAUCCCUCAGUCACUGUGCAGUGAAAGUUGUUCUGCAGGCUAUAGGAAGGCAACUCAAGCAGGCCAGCCAGUCUGCUGCUUCAAAUGUAUCCUGUGCUCUCAGGGAGAAAUUUCCAACCAAACUGAUUCCAUUGAGUGUCUGAAGUGCCCUAAAGAUGAUUGGCCCAAUGAAAGACAGGACAAGUGCAUAAAGAAAGCAACCGAGUUCCUUUCAUAUGAAGAACCCCUAGGCUCAGCAUUAAUUGCUAUUUCCAUAUUCUUAGAACUGACCACGACCUUCAUCCUAAAAAUCUUUAUGAAGUACCAUCACACACCUGUUGUCAAGGCUAAUAACAGGGAGCUUAGCUAUUUGCUUUUAUUCAGUCUCAUGUUGUGCUUCCUCUGUUCAUUCAUUUUCAUUGGCCGCCCAACCCAUGUGACAUGUAUGCUUCGUCAAGGUGCAUUUGGUGCCAUUUUUACAUUGUCUAUCUCUUGUGUUUUAGCCAAAACUGUUGUGGUGGUCAUUGCCUUCAAUGCUAGCAAGCCAAACAGCAACCUGAGGAAAUACGCAGGACCCGGACUUCCAAAAAUGUUAGUUAUAUUCUCUACAUCUGUUCAGAUAAUUAUAUGUGUUUCUUGGUUAUUUGUCUCUCCUCCAUUUCUGGAUGAAAAUACAACUUCUGUAACAAGGAAGAUCAUUAUAGAAUGUAAUGAGGGCUCACCUGUGGCAUUUUGGUGUAUGCUGUCUUAUAUGGGCAUUUUGGCAGUUGUAAGCCUUGUAGUUGCAUUUCUGUCUCGAAAACUCCCAGACAGCUUUAAUGAGGCAAAAUUUAUCACAUUCAGUAUGCUGGUGUUUAUUAGUGUUUGGAUGUCAUUCAUUCCAGCAUAUCUGAGCACACAAGGGAAGUAUAUGGUAGCUGUUGAAAUAUUUGCCAUUGUAUCAUCUGGGGCAGGACUGCUGCUUUGUAUAUUUGCACCUAAGUGCUACAUUAUUUUGUUUAGACCAGACAUGAACUCCAGAGACUACCUAAUGGGGAAGGGUGUGUUUAAGAAUGGUAAGGAUUGA